AUGUCUUGUCUUAAGCUCUACUGUUUGUCACCUAUUCCUCUAUUCCUCGACCAUAACACGCCUUCUUUGCCAACCAGUGUUUCAGGUCUUCGGCGCGAGAGCUCUGAACUGUUUGUCACCGAAAAGAUUCCGUCUUUGCUUCUGAUGCUAUCGUUUUCGACGCAAAUCACAACUGGGAUUAAAUGUUUAAUGGCAGCCGAGGAGGAGAUAGUAAUCGGAACAAAGAAUGGAGAGAUAUGUGGAGUGCAUUGGGACGGAAACAUUGACGACUCUUUCAUCUGGAAACUCACUUCCAAGACAUUCUCGGCCACGGAUGACAUCAAUGUAGUG